AUGGGGAUUUCCUCCCCACGCCUGUUUAGAUAUUAACUGAGCCAGAAGAGGCCAAAGCAAACAGAGCAGACAAGAGGACAGGUGUCUGUGGCCUGGGGCUGCACAUCACCCCCCUACUGCCAUGGACGUGACCUGGCCUGUGGGGUUGAUUCUGCUCCUCCUGGGGACCCCUCUUGCCCAUGCUGAGCCACUGUACAUCCUGGUGACCCCCCGAGCCCUGCGGGUCGGCGGCCCUGAGACCAUCCACGUACAGGCUCACUCGGACUCCCAGCAGUCCCUCAAAGGGACCCUCGAGGUGAACCUCACCGUAUGGGACUUCCCCAUGAAGAAGACAGUGGUGGCUAAGAGCCACCUCCUUCUCUCAGAAGCAAACAACUUUAUGAAACAGGCGUCCGUGACGAUCCCCGAGAGCCUGAUAUACCCCCCACAACCAGGACAGCAGCAUGUCAUCAUCCGGGCAAACUGGGCACCCACCUCGACCACUUCAUUCAUGGAGAGAAUAGUCCCAGUGGCUCCCCAUGCUGGCUACAUCUUCAUCCAGACAGACAAGCCUCUCUACACCCCUGAACACUUGGUUCAAUACCGGGUGUUUGUUGUGGACCACAAGAUGGAUCCUGCCCAAAGGAUAUUCACUCUAGACAUCAAGAACCCGGAGGGGAUCACGGUGAUCAGCCAGAACCUGCUAGCCAAGGACGGUUUCUUCGCAAAAUCCUUUAAACUCCCACAGAUUGUCAGUUUUGGGACCUGGAGCAUCGAAGCCAGUUACCAAAGUGCAGCUAAGCAAAAGUUCAAGGCAACCUUUGAAGUCAGGGAUUAUGUGCUCCCAUCAUUUGAGGUCCAGCUGAAGCCAAACAAGACUUUCUUCCACCUCAACGAUGAGGCUCUGGGUGUGGACAUCAAGGCUUGUUAUGUAUUCGAAGAGCCAGUGAAUGGACAGGCUCUGGCCAUCUUCGGGGUGAAGCUGCAUUCCCGUCGGAUGACCAUCCAGAGCUCCCUGCAGAAAGUGGAGAUUUCUGAAGGCCUGGGUCACGUCUCCCUCCAGAAGAAAACACUGAUGUCCACAUUCCAAGGCCCAGAAGAGGACUUCAUUGGGGCCUUUAUCUUUGUCGAUGUCACCGUGUUCUCUUCAGGGGGUGAGAUGGUCCAGGCUGAGACCCCAGGCGUGAAGAUUGUCCGGAGCCCAUACAACAUCAAGUUCAUCAGGACUCCCCAGUAUUUCAAGCCUGGGAUGCCCUUCCACGUUAAGGUCUUUGUCUCAAAUCCUGAUGGGUCCCCAGCCUCUGGAGUCCGUGUCUGAUGCCAAGACAAACGAGACCGAACCUCAGCCAGUGGAGAGGCCAUUUUGACCAUCAACACACAUGCAAAUAAUCAGGAGAAGCUCCCUAUCCUGGUAGAAACUGAAGAACCUCUCCAGCCAGAAGAGCAGGCUUCAGCCAAUAUGACGGCUUGGCCUUACUCGUCUCAGGGUGGGUCAGGAAACUUGUUGCACAUUGAGGUGAAGACGGUCGCAGACGUAGGCAGCAGCAUCUACCUGAGCCUUGUCACAGGACAUCAGAAUCAUGAAACCAAGAAACAGAUCACUCACUUCACCAUCCUGGUUCUGAGUAAGGGCCGGAUUGUGGAUGUCAAACAUCAGUUAAAAAGUGACCACACAGUAGCCACUAUUGAUGUUACUUCAGAGAUGCUGCCCUCAUUCCGCAUCCUGGCCUUUUAUUUACUGCCCAGGGGAGCAGGUCAGGAUCCUGAACUGGUGGCCGACUCCGUAUGGGUUGAUGUGAAUGACCGAUGCAUGGGGACGCUGAAUGUUGGUUUAAAGAAAGACAGACACUACCAGAUUUCUUUGAAACCCAAUAGCAAUGUGGAAUUGAAGGUGACCGGUGAUGAAGAGGCCACAGUGGGGUUGGUGGCCGUGGACAAAGCUGUUUAUGUCUUGAACAGUAAACACAAGCUCACACAGAAGAAGGUCUGGGAUGUGGUGGAGGAACAUGACAUUGGCUGUACAUCGGGCAGUGGGAAAGAUGGACUUGCUGUGUUCAAGGAUGCUGGCUUGGACCUGAAGAUGAGCACAGGGAUGCACACCCUGACAAGCUCAGACUGGCAGUGCCCUCAGAGUCCCCCUGCCAGCCGCCGCCGCCGCUCUCUGAAGAGGCUGGAGACCAAGAGGAAUGCAGUGAACAAGUUCGAGACAGAGCUGGAGCGAAAGUGCUGUGAGGCUGGGCUCCAGGAGAGCCCCAUAGGGCUAUCAUGUGAAGAGAGGAAACGGCAUGUCCGCCACGGGCCAACCUGUGUUGCUGCUUUCCUGAGCUGUUGCCGUCUGUCUGAGGCCCUGAGUCAGGAGGCUCGGGAGGAGCAGCUGCUUUUGGGGACAUCGGAUGAAGAUGAGGACUUAGGUGACAUCUUCCUGGAGGACCAGCCUAUCCGAACCUUGUUCCCUGAGAGUUGGCUCUGGAAAAAGUUUGAACUGCCAAAAAGUACAUCAAGAGGCAUCUCCCACUACAGUUUUCCUGUGAACGUGCCAGAUUCCAUCACCACGUGGCAGUUAGUGGCUAUCAGCCUCAAGCCUGGAAAAGGUCUCUGCAUCUCAGACCCCUUUGAGCUGAUAGUUAUGAAACAGCUCUUUGUGGAUCUCAAGUUGCCCUCCUCCGUGAUCAGGAAUGAGCAGGUCCAGAUCCAAGCCAUGCUGUACAAUUUCAGGACGGAGAAGGUCAAGGUCCAUGUGGAGUUCCCCUACAAGGAGCCACUGUGCAGCGCGUCAAAGCCAGGAGCCCCAUCCCGCCAGGUCGUGAUCAUGCCCCCCACCUCCUCCAAGAUGGUGCCCUUUGUGCUUCUACCACUUGAGAUAGGCAAAGUGGAUGUGGAGGUCAGGAUCAGGACAAGUGAGGUUGCGGACCACAUAAAGAAGACACUUCUGGUCAAGGCAGAAGGGCAGAUACAGCAAAGAUCCCAUAGCAUCCUCCUGAACCCCCAAGGUCAAACCCAGAUGGAAGUAGUGCCAAGACAGAACCUUUUCAACAUGGUCCCCAAUACGGAAGCAGAAGUGUUUGUCAGUGUCCAAGGGGACAUCCUUGGCGAGACGAUCCUGGGCACCCUGACACCUGGAGAAAAAUGGCAGCUGCUGAGGGUGCCGACUGGUUGCCCUGAGCAGACACUAAGCAAAUUGGUAACUGCGGUCAUCCUGACCCGCUAUUUGGACGCUGCUGGCCAGUGGGGCAAGGUUGGAGUGGAGCUCAGGGAGCAGGUGAUACAGAACAUUGUCAGAGGUUACACCCACAUGCUGACCCACCGGAGUGCACACGGCACCUACCACAUCAGCAACGGACACCCGGGCAGCACCUGGCUCACGAGCUACGUGUUCCGGGUCUUUGCCCUGGCCUACUCUAUCAUGACGACCAGCAGGCUUGAUCUGCGGUCUCUCUGUGCCACUGCCAACUGGAUCAUCACCAAGAGGCAGGCAGAGGACGGGCACUUCUUGGAGAAUGGCCCCGUGAUCAUGGCAUCGAUGCAGGGCGGCUACCGAGGUUCUGAAGCAGACAUAUCCCUCACAGCUCUUGUUCUGAUUGCCCUGGAUGAGGGGAAGGACUUGUGCCACCAGGAGAUACCGAAUUUGCCUACCAGCAUGGAACGAGCCCGUAGCUUCCUGGAGGAAUGCCUUCCCAAAAUUAAGACAACCUUUGCCGUAGCCAUAGUCUCCUAUGCUCUGGCCCUCACCAAUAGCCCCCGAGCCAAUGACCGCCUGGACAGCUUCACCAGCCACGAUAAAACCCACUGGCCCCAGAACAAACUGGACAGGAACUCCCUGUACACCAUUGAGGCCACGGCCUAUGCGCUGAUGCAGAAGGUGGUGUUGGGUCGGCAUAAUGAGACGCACGCCAUUGCCAAGUGGCUACUGGAGAAGCGGGAGCUAGGCGGAGGCUUCAAGUCCACCCAGACCACUGUGGUGGCCCUUGAGGCUCUCACCCUCUUCCGCAAAGUUGUCCCUUUCGAUGGUGGCCAGGAUCUCAGGGUCCAGAUAAGCGUGCCCAAGAAAGCCGUGGACUUUGAAUGGAUCAUCGAUCAGAGCAACGCCUACCAUCUGCGGUCAGCAAAGUUCUCUGCCCAGGAUGACCUAGAGAUCAAAGCCAGUGGCAGUGGGAGAGGCACAAUCUCGAUCCUGACCAUGUACCACAGGUCCCCAGAGUCCGAGGAGGGCACCUGCAACCUGUACCAACUGAAUGUGACUCUCCAUAAUACCUUGAAAGAUAAUAAAAACGGGGAAGAGACCUUCCAGCUCCGGAUGGAGACAAGGUUCCUGGGAAAUCGAGAGGCCACCAUGAGCAUCAUAGAAGUCUCCCUACUCACUGGCUUCUACCCCAACAAGAAUGACCUCAAACAGCUUACAAGUACUAUGGAGAUGUAUGCCUUCCACUAUGAGAUCAAGAUGAAUUCCACUGACAACACCGUUGUCCUCUACCUGGAUAAGCUCUCCCAUAAGGAAGACACCGUGCUGGGCUUCCGGAUCCACCGAAUGCUGCAGGUGGAGUUCCUGCAGGCCGCCCAGGUCACCAUAUAUGACUACUACGAGCCUUCCCGGAGAUGCAGCUCCGUCUACAACCUGCCCGCAGAGCACUCUUCCCUGCGGAAGAUUUGUCACAAAGAUGUCUGCAGAUGUGCGGAAGAACAAUGCCCAUCUCCAAGGAAGAACACGGCGGGACUGCGGCAGGAGGAGCUCCAGGCAGCAGCCUGUGAGACGGGCGUGGACUUCGUGUACAAGGUCAGGCUGGAGUCUGUACAGUCCUCCGCCUCCAAUCCGUACAUCUAUUACAACAUGAAACUCGAAGACAUCAUCAAGAGGGGUACAGACUCUGCCGUGUCCCUCACCAGGAAGAAGUUCAUCUCUCACGCCACCUGCCACAACUCCCUGGGGCUGCAGGAACAGGAGACAUACCUCAUCAUGGGCCACGCAUUGGACCUGUGGAAAGUCAAAUCUGCUUAUAUCUACGUCCUGGGCCACAAGACAUUCCUCAUGCAGUGGCCGGCCGAUGGGGAUGCGGACAAGAAGGAAUUGCUGGACCAGCUGGAGAGAUUUUCAGAAUAUAUGAGCAUUCAUGGCUGUGAGUCCUGAGACUCUGAGGUCUCUACCACCCUCAGGAGGUUGUUUCCAAGCAGGCACAGG